UCAGUAUAGUCCAGAGAGGAUGAGUGAGCAGGAAGGAGAGAAGAGCCCCAGCGUUUGUUACCAAGCUAGCGCGGCAACUAAAGUUGACCUCUUACGCUACAAAAUUUUGAGAAAUGCUGCGGCAGAAGGCAAAAGUUAUUUAAUAACAAACAUUCAACAAGGAUUUUGCAUUAAUUUCCAAAACAAUUGAUCUCCAAUGUCCGGUAAGCAUCAUGUUGUAGAAUAAAAAUGAUACAAUUCAAGAUGAGUGAUAAUUUAUUUUAUUCGUGACUACAUACGUCAACAACUUAAUCACCAGCUCUCUGGACCUUUUUAUCUGGACCUCUAUUAAAAUUAAAAUGGUGCUUGAUCUGACGGUGCCAGCAAGGGACGGGCGAGCGUGGUGCAUGCAGCGAGAUGACCUAUGCCGCAUAAGCGUGCCGAGUGGCCCCCAGGUCGGGGAUUUGAACCUGUGGAAUCAGCGCAACCCAAAGGAGCGCUUUUACUCAGGAAAAACACGCCAACUGCAUGCGGCUCACUUGACCGAAGGUGACCGCCUCUGGAGCUGUCUGCCCUUCUUGAACCCUAUGGCGACCAUCGUCGGCGACUCUAUCAAGUAUGGCGUCGAUGAGGACGGUGCUGGUGUCCACGACGUAAUUGGCACCAGGUGUGACCAGUACACAGUGAAACUGAUUAGCGGCGAGCAGGUGAAGCACACGUGCCAUCAAAACCUGACAAAAGCCGUUAAAAAGUUCGGUCUGGGGGAGAGGGACCUGCAUGAUGUCUUCAACAUUUUCAUGUGCACUGGUUUCAGGCGCGAGGACAAUCGCUAUUUUUGCAAGCCAAGCCCGGCGCGUCAGGGUGACUUCAUAGAGUUUGUUGCCGACAUGGACCUGAUCGUGGCCCUGAGCACCUGUCCCCAGGGUGACGUGUCCAUCCCUGUUGGUCAGGUCGUACCUGAAGAAGCAUGCCACCCUCUCAGAGUCGAGGUCUUCAAGGCGCAAGCCAAGGAGAGCGAAAAGCAAACUUUUUCGGUUCAAAAAAGUGUUUUUUACUACAGAUACUCACAGUGAAAUCAAAAUUUCAAAUAUUUAAUGCCUUCAAUUUUCAAGAUAAGAAAUGCAAAUUUUAAUGACAAUUAACCGUGUGUUUAUUUUCAACACAUUAAAUUUCCUUUUGAUAUUUGCUGUCAUCUUCAUUUCAAUUACAAUGAAUUUAAUAAACAGGAAUGCGCUUAAGCGCAGUUUAUAAGUAAAAAUACUGAUUUUAAUUUUGAUAAAAAAAAUAUUUCCCCUUGGCAGGAAGUAGUAAAGCUGUUUUGGCAAAAAGUCACCCUUUCUCGCUCGCUAUAGCUAUUGACUUUAAUUAUAAAUUAGUGAUUUUUGUCUAAUUGUGAGGGUAAAAAAGUGUAAUCAAUUUGUUUGAAAGCAAUUCGCAUUUUCUCUCCCUUCUUCUGCUGCCGGCAUAAAGGAGAUUUCGGGGCAGUAAGUAGCUCUCGGUCUUUUCUGAACACAAAAGCAGCGCGCGCAACAAUAAUUCAAGUGCUCGUCCACACACGCAUUACUCGGUCUCUCAACACAAUCCGCAGCACAAAAAAUAAACCCCUUUAGCCAACUGCACGCACUCGAUCUUUCUUUAGUGGUAGGGUACAACAAACCGCAUCUCUCGCAUCGAAAAUCCGACUUGAGACGGCCAUUCAAAUGGAUGCUGCGCUUGCUGAUUUGUGCCUCUUCACCCGAAUAUUUUUUUAUCAGAAUAAAGGCGGUGACGUCGAGAGUGAAAAAAGAGAGAGAACCGGCCACUUGAACGGCGGAUGUGGGGAAUCGUGAAAUAAUAAAUGUUGUUGUUAGCCUGGA